AUGCUCGUACCCGCCGUCACCGUCGCCGCCAUCGUCUUCCUCUCCGUCACUGCCGCAGCCAGCAACUGCCCGUCUUUCCCGCCGUCAGUCCUGGAAUACUCUUCUGAAUUCAAGCAGCCCGAGCCACCGGCAGUGAAGCCAGAGUUCCAGACACACUUUAUACAGCACAAAUGGCAUGUCGGCCUCAUAUACGCGCCCCCGAACCACAACCUCUCCCACAUCCAAAAUGGCUACAUGUACCACUCUCCAACAAAGAAGCUCGUCCGGGUCGAUGAAACCUUUGAAAAUGGCCUCGCCACAUCCAUGUUCAACUUUGCCAACGUCACCAAGGAUGGCCUCGUCGACAACACGCUCACCUCCGUCUUCAAAGAUUUCGCGCACCCCGAGAUAUGGAGGGGCUACGUGAACACAAACUAUCCUCUGAUCAGCGCAGACUUUCUCACUCAGGCUGGUGCCGUGUUUUCGGGUCUGGUCGAGCGGAACUUUGUCCCGGGAAAGGUCGCUUCGUGGAGUAUUUUGUACCAAGGCCUUAUUCCGGUCACGGUCUACGUGGAUGGCUGCAAUGCCGUGCAGGGCUACGAUUAUUUCUACCCCAACGAGAGGACCAGGGUCACUACCUCGUUCCUCAAUACGCGCGUCGGCAAGGUGGACAUGUGA